AUGGUCAUAUUAAGCGCCGCUAUCGACAACUACGUGCAGCUACCUUUCGAGAAACAAUGGAGGCUAUGUCUCUCAGACGUCCCCUACGACCUCACUGUUAUAGGCGGAGAUGAUAUCACCAACCACAUCCCCGAUCAGCAACACGAGACGGACAAUGUCAAAACUGCCCUCAAGCAGCUGAAAUCACUAAAGACAGGGACUGUGAAGUUCACUGGUCGGCAACAGCGCCGCGCGGACGCUAUCAACACACUGUUCGUCCAGGUCUCUGUCACAAGUCACUCACAUAACUGGCGGAGAACAUUCACUCGUUCGCUUAGCAAGAUCUCUAGUAUCGCCGUGUUCAUUGUCGGUACUGCAUGCUUUGCUUCAGCUCAAUUACUUUCUAUUGCGAUAGCUACAUUCAUCUUGACAUGCGUCCUUGGGGCAGGUGUUUUCAGUCGCGCGAUUACAUCUUGGAUUGUUGCCGGCAUUGAAACAGCGGACCCAAUGUUGCAUUUCGUGGCCGAUACAGAUCAAGAAGCUUACUAUGUUUUGGCUAGACUCUUUAUGAUCAGCCUAGAUAAUGCAGCUAAGCCAACAAGGCGUAAGAUCCAGGUGGAACUAGGCGGCAACGUAUUUCUAGACCGGCGUCGCAUCACAACUCGCUCACCAUGGCCUGCGCGAUUCCUCGGCGUUCUAACUUCCCCAUACGACAUUGCUCGAGCCGUUAUCAAAACGAAAGGGGAUGAUGGCGUCUAUGAAUUCAAUAAUCUGGAAUUAGGGUUGGAAAGUACCAACACCGUCGAACAGCCUUUACUAAGGCCGUCACUGACGACAAAGUCGACAUUCGGAACGGAGAUCAGUGAGACAGUGUCCCUGGACGACGAUCAAGCACUUUCACGACGGCCGACUUUCCAGCGCAUGGGUACUAUCUCGAGCGACUAG